GGCGCCUUCCUCCUCCUGCAGCCUGAGCGGAAUGUCAAGGCCAGGAGGAGGCCUGACUCCCCCUCUUGCAGCAACUGCCGCUGCUCCAAGACUGGCUUGCACUCGUCCGCGUCGAGGUGUGAGAGACGAGAGAUCGGUUUUCUUCUUUUCUAGGAGCACCUGGCUCCAGUUGUCAUUGGGAUUGUAAGAAGCUACACAAUGAUGGAGGGAACUAGACAAGCAAGGAUUCCUCACCCAGACAAGAUAUGUGAAUCCUCAAAGGUGUACAAAUGGGCUGAUGACUCCACUCUAGUUCUUCAGAGCUUGAAUGAACAGAGGCACCGGGGUCUCUUCUGUGACAUUGUUCUGGUUGCGGAUGAGCAGAGGAUCCCCGCCCAUCGGAAUAUUUUAGCUGUCUGCAGUGAUUACUUCAACUCCAUGUUCACCAUUGGGAUGCGGGAAGCCUAUCAGAAAGAGGUUGAGAUCUUUGGAGCGUCCUACGUUGGCCUCAAAGCCGUAGUGGAUUUCCUGUAUGGGUGCGAGCUCUCCCUUGAUGGUAGUAAUGUUGACUACAUUUUGAAAUGCAGAAUAUAGUGGGACUAUUACUUCCCUCGACCUGGAAA